GAUUCCCUCUCUCCACAAGGGCUGAGCACCAUACGACCAUCUUAUCCUCAGCUAGCUAUUCAUUUUACUCUGCCUUAAAAGUGCCCCAUGUCGCCAUAUCGUAUCUCUAGGGUUCUCCUAGGCUCGCUGUCUUUCCCUGUCGACUCUUAGCUGCUACGAAGGAAAUGGUCGCAUUCAACAGCUUCUUCUCUCCAGUCCUAGUCGCUGUUCUCUACUCUUCGACAUUGGUUAAUGCCGCUCCAUGGCCUACUUCGAAGCACGCGACUCAUCGUGUCAGGACCAUUGGACGAGACUUAAAGGUGGAGACAUAUCAUCCCAAGUCUACGUAUACGACAUAUGGCUCCGGCAAAGAUACCUCAGGAGCAGCCUCGUUCAAGGCCGAAUCGUUCGAGUCAUCAGCUGUUUCAUUCAUCGCGUCUGAACUUGGGGUCAACACCUCUUCCGUUGGUUACCGAUCAGGGCAUUCGGUGGAUAACAUGAGCUAUUCAUAUGCCAAGCAGUACCACGAUGGCGUUCCAUUCGCCAACGCAGUAGCCAAUGCUGCGUUCAAGAAUGGCAAAGCUGUCGCAUUUGGCUCCUCGUUUGUCGAUACCUCAAAUGUUGCACCCUCCAUACCAAGUAUCGCCCUCGACGGCUCUCUUAUUAGCAAAGUCGAAGACACUCUCCUCGGGACCCACAACGGCGUAACAUCUCUCGAAUAUCUAGCCCAGUCCGACGGAUCUGUAGCCCUCACUCACGUCAUUCAAGUCCAAAACAAUGACACCAACGCGUGGUACGAAGCAUUUGUUGACGCUCACUCGGGUGAGAUACUCUCAGUAACCGACUUUGUGGCGCAAGCAACGUUCACCGUCAUCCCAAUAAUCAAAGACGCCGUCACCGAAGGCGAAGAGACGCUCGUUGACCCUGAAGACCUCGCUUCAUCCCCUUCAGGCUGGGUACAGGACAAUCAAACCGCCGGCAACAACGUCAUAGCCUACAAAUCCUCCCAAUCAGCAACGACCUCUCAAUCCUCCAACACCACCUUCGACUACCCUUACGACAUCACCCUCGGUCCCACCAACGGAUCCAACAUCGAUGCUGCACGCACUAACGCAUUCUACAUCAUCAACAAAGUCCACGACUACGCCUACAAGUACGGCUGGACAGAAACAUCGUACAAUUUCCAAGCCGACAACUUUGGCAAGGGAGGAGCCCAGGGUGACCGUGUAUUAAUGGGUGUGCAGGAUUCUAGCGGAACGAAUAAUGCCAAUUUCGCUACGCCGCCCGAUGGUCAAUCUGGGACGUGCAGGAUGUACAUAUGGACUCUGACGACCCCUCAACGCGAUGGAGCCCUCCAGAACGACAUCAUCGUCCACGAAUUCACGCACGGAAUUACUAACCGCCUCACUGGUGGCGGGACCGGACGAUGCCUUCAAACAACAGAAGCCGGCGGAAUGGGCGAAGGAUGGUCAGACGCUAUGGCAGAAUGGACCGAACACAAAGACUCCUCCGUACCAGACUACGUUCUAGCAACUUGGGUGUUCAAUAACACCGCCGGGAUCCGAACACACCCUUACUCUACCGAUGCCUCCGUCAACCCUCUCAGAUACUCCUCUAUCCAGAAUCUGCACGAAGUCCACGAUAUCGGUGAAGUAUGGGCAAAUAUGCUACACAACGUUUACGCAGCGCUAGUCCAAGCACACGGGUUCUCGUCAACGGCAAUGGACGAUCCCUCAGGCCCGGAAGGUAACAUUGUCUGGCUUCAUCUCUUCAUCGAUGCGCUUUCCCUCCAGCCAUGUAACCCCAUGUUGCCGAACGCCCGAGAUGCGUGGAUACAAGCUGAUCAGAACAGGUACGAUGGAGCUAAUAAGUGUAUCCUGUGGAAUGCCUUUGCCAGUCGCGGCUUGGGUAUGAACGCAACGAAUUAUGUGGAUGAUGCGAGUGUACCAAGUGGAUGUUAAGUAGAAUUACAAUACCAUCUAUUUAUCAUUUAUUAUGCCUGAUAGUCCCGACAGCACCUCCCGCAUCGAUCUUGAAUACAAAAAGGGGAAACGGAUGUCAAAGGCA